GAACCCUACGUCAACCCUCCUCUAAAUGUCUUUCGAGAGAAACCCGAUAAUACACUUAAACCAAUGUACUGCCAGGGUGGCGAAUCAAAAACCAGGGCGGGUAAUUCAGAUGGCUACUUUGAGCCUUUUAAGCGGACUUUUGAGGGGGAAGCCAUUUCCAACAUAGUUGCUAUCCGUCGCGGUUGGAGAAAGGAUAAUAAUAUGAGAAAGGUUGGCAAAGAGUGGCUACCUUCAUCUCCCACAAAAAGGCGUGCUGGUCUUGGCAGCACUCUGGGGAAUUUUACCACUGUCAUCGAAGCCAUGAGCCCGGAACAAAAAAAAUAUCCCAAACCGCCUAAAUUGCCAAAUUUUUAUACUAAUCCUGGAAAGAAAGGAACUGGAUAUGGAUAUGUAGACGUCUGUAUAAACCCCUACCCUGAGUGGAAGCCGGGUGCCUCUAUAUACGCAAAUCCUGGGCCUUCAAUGAAGGAGCUAAAUGAAAAGCAUCAGCUACAAUGUCUUGGGCGGCCGAUAUUCAUAAACCAACAAGCUAGUGGAGGUUUCUUUGGCCCGAAUCCCUUUGAAGGGACGGAUCCUUUGGCUCCUGGUGGCCCACCCAUACAGAAAUUUGGAAUUUCAAAUUAUCCCAAGGAACUGAUGAUUGGUCCGAUUUUCUGUCCACCAAAUCCGGCGAAAAAGGAUGGCGGGUGUAAAGACGGGGCUCUAAGCAAGUGGCCAGCACACUCAGCCGAACCCUUCAAGGAGAUGACUAAGAUCCUACUAGAAAAGUUUAAUUCGUCACCUGAAAAUCAACAACUAAAACUGUGGGUACCCCAGCCUUGUUCGGCCAUCGAGAAGCCUACAAAGUCCAUUAUUAAUAAGAAUGUCGACCUAGCAAUUAAUUCGAUGACACGCAAGAGCCGGUUUUUCGAGAUGGACUACGACCUAUGUUACCAGGGCAACGGCAAUGCAGCCAGACCCAUGAACGUGGUUCGCCCACUUGUCCCUAUGAUUUUUUCCACCAAUUGCUCCGUUAAUGUGGCACCAGAGAAAAUGUGUGUGAGGGACUCGAUCGAAUUCGAAUUUGCAUGUCCACACACAAGAGAAGAGGGCAAAGCGUCAUUUGGCAAACCUCUUGUGCUGGGAGAUAACGACAAUUGCUCGGGAAAACAUAAGCCAUUUUUGCCAGAAGCAAGCACCCAGGCGAAUCCCAGUCUGCAGGCUCGUCGUUCGGCCAGACAGAAAAUCAGCGACUCCGCUUGCGAGCGAUACGCGCAGGUCGUUAGUCAGUUGGGGACACAACGCGCGGUGUGUCAGGAGGGUCAGUCUUCGCAGCCGCGGCACCACAGCCCGCCAAUCCGAUUAGUCUCGUCUCCAAGACGAGUUCGCGAAUACGACUCGGAGGGUUUGUCAAGGUUACCAGGGCUUGACCACUGCCAAUUGACUCUGAGCUCCGUGGAAGAGAUGACGCCUGAACAAAAAAUAUCCUCAAAACGAGGUGACUCACUUCGUCUGACUACUUGCCUCUGUUCAUUGUUCUUUUUUCAGCUCCCACCUCGUCUUCAGCCAAUCAUGUCUUUACUUAGGGAUUACAAAGAACUACCAUUAAUGAUGAUAAACCCGCCACUACAAGUUAAUAACCUCUUCGAAGACAUCAAGGAUGGAAUAAUUCUCAUCAGACUGCUGGAGGUCUUGUCUAAGGAGUCAUUACCCGUGAACAUAGCCACCGCUAUGAAACCAGCUCAUCGGUUAAGUAACGUAAAAACCGCUUUGGAUUUCCUUAACACUAGAAAGAUUAAACUUGUGAACGUGAAUCCCUUAGAUAUCGUGGACGGUCGGCCCAAGAUUGUUUUGGGACUAAUCUGGACAAUCAUCUUGUACUUCCAGAUUGAAGAACAAGAAGAAAUGCUACUUGAGCUCCUCGGAUUAUCAAAAUCAACCGGACAAAGUAAAAUAACUGCAAAACAAGCUCUCACCACUUGGGUCCAAAAUGCCUUCAGCCAGCAGUUCAAUCUCCACAUCAACGACUUCGGACCAAGCUGGCGUGACGGCGUGGCAUUCAAUGCCAUCGUUCAUAGCAUCGACCCUAACCUGGUGGAUAUGAAGGACUUGGAGAGGAAAAGCAAUCGAGAGAACCUGAGCAUGGCCUUCACUGUUGCAGAAGAGAAGUUGGGGAUUCCCAAAAUUUUGGAUCCUGAGGAUGUUGAUGUUGAUAAACCGGAUGAGAAGUCCAUUAUGACCUACGUUGCGCAGUUUUACAAAGCCUAUCCCGAAACUGGGAAACCGAAAGCCCUUACCGCGAACGAACGGGAACAGAAGCAGUUUACGGAUUUCCUCGACACCCUUCAAAUAGCCGAAAGUCAAAUAACACAGUAUUUUCAUCAAAACGAACCAUUCAGAAAUGCGUAUCCAGUGAGUGUUUUUCCACCCCUUCCUGUUCAUGAAGCUGCAGUUGAUAAAGUUGACGAGUUCAGCAGCUUCCUUGACGUGCUGCGAGGACGCGCCGACAGCGGCGCCCUGGUGGGCGGUCGGUUUAGCCCGCAGGCGGGCCUGGACGCGCACGCACACCUGGCGCGCGGGCUGCGGGCGUGGCGGUGGGCGCUGCUCGAGCGGCUUCCCGGCGAGCUGCGACCCUCGGGGCGUUGGAUCGCGGCCGCGGAGAGGUGGUUCGACCGGGUCGACGCCAAGUGGAGUCGGCGUGGCGAAGGUGGAGUGCCACUUCCUGCGGAGAUGGAACAACUUAACGCCUUGACCGACGAGCGGACGAGAGUUUUUGGUUCUGAUUUUGCCGUUAUUGCGUCGGAAGCAGCAAGGCUACAAAAAUUCUUGUCGAAGACCGCGCCAACCGAAGUCCCUGAGAAAAUGGCUAAAAGCCUGGCCAAUAGUAUGGCCACCAUUGAAGAAAAAAAGGAAGGCUACGCUGUAACCUUGGAGGCUUCCACUUGCUACAGAACUGCCAUAGAUGUCUCCGAGGCCUCGAAUCUCUCUGCUCUUAUUGAGGAGUGGGUAGAACUAGUCUCAGGCAAUAAGCUGAACGAAACGCCUGCGGCAGUUACGACCGCACUUGAUUCGUUCGCGGCACUGGAGGAAAAAUUUGCCCUCUCUGAGACCAAGGCAAGCCCCGUGGCGGAACUUGCUAGCAUCCUAAGCACAGUAAAACGCCUUGAACAAGCGCGCAAACCUCUUCCAUCUGGCAUGACCUCAGAAGUAGUUGGAUAUUGGCUCGACCGCACCACUGAUUUCUUUCAGCCAACCUCACUGGCAGGUUUUUCAUUUUGGGAGCUUGGCCAGAAACUGGAAGAACGUCUGCAAGCCUGGGAAACUUACGAAAAUUUACUUAAGGAGGCUACCACGCAAAUGGAGGCAGUUUUCAGUGACUUGCAUCAAAAGCAAUUACAAAGUACGACCUAUGACCUUGGGAUAAUCGAGGACGUGCUCCGAAAAUUGGAAGUUGCAGCGAGCACGUUGGGAACGCUGGAGCAACUGAGCUCGGUGGAGGAGUCUCGUCGGCAGUUCGAGGAGCUCAAAGAAGCCGUAGGUUCUUCUGCAUGCAUUGACUGUUCACGUCGAAGUGGAAUGCGGUUUCCUGGUGGCGGGGUCUACGACACCUUUAUAUCCAAGAAAACACAUGAGGAAUUAUCGUUAAAAGAAGAAGCAGAAAAGACACAGAAACGGUUUCUUGAAGUACUUCAGAGCAUUGCGACCUGGAACAUCAAAGUAAAAGACUUACUGUCCAACCCCGUUCUGGCACCCAGUGAGUUGGGUCAAAACAUCGCCUCAAUCGAGGAUAUUCUGGCAGAAACCGAACCCCUUGAUGAACUGCUUCAAGGUGUGGAACAAGCCAAACCGGAAACCCUUGUAGACUCACAGAUUGAGGAAAUGGACGCAGUUACUGCGGAAUUUUUCCAGCAUCAACGAACGCUCGAGGGACAACUGGAAAAUCUUCAGCAAAUUCUGGCAAAACAUGAUCAAAUAAAUGAUAUCUUUUCUCAACUCGAGGGCCAAACUCAGAACAUCACCGAGGUCCCCACCAAUGAACGUGAAGACACCUUCACCAAAGGCCUUUCCGACCUCAAUACUUUAAUCGGUGAACUUGAGAGCCUCUUGCGAUCGGCUCCUGUUAAGGACUAUGUUCGCAACCUCAGUUUUCCCGACUUCAGGCAGAGAAAAAAUGACCUUAUCGAAGCAUUGGAGAGCCUUCAGACGAAGCAUCAUGAGAUCGUUCAAGCUCAAGAAGAGUUCAAUCAGGAGGUAGAGAAAACCAACGCUCUCACCAUUGAACUAUCAAGGUACUUUGAUGCCAUCGAGUCUGAUCUUGAAUCGACCGAUGUGAGCGUCGUGAAAAGGGGCCUAGAGAUGUUCGAGGUCAAGGAGCUCGAAAGCAGACACCUCAACUUGCUUGGGAGAAGGAACGCCAUUGAGAACCGCAGUCGUGAAGCAACAGCACAACUACGAGGUUUCACGGACCUCACGGAGGUUCUCACAAAUGUAAUCGAACAGUGCGAGGCAAAAUUGCCGGCACUUCGAAGUGGCCCGAAAUUUCCAACAAAGCCAAUUCGUAUCGAAAUGGAGCAGACAGCAAUCUGGUACUCAGGUUGUGAGGAACUCGUAAAUCUUAUUAAUUCAUGUGAGGAGGAAUCUACAAACUUGGCCGCUCUUCUCUCACAUCCCGAACUAAAGCCUCCAGCCGGGUGUGCGGAAAAGCACGAAAAAUACUUAACUCUCCGAAAUGAGGUGAACGAACUCUUCACUUGCGCAAAGGUCUUCAAUGCAGACGUCGUUUUCUUCGUAGAAGGUGUGCAAGAACUAGAGCACUAUCUUCAGAGCAUCAAGUCACCUAUUGAAGGGAAAGGCGAGGAAAUCCAUUUGGGUUUGAGCUCGUCGUCUAUCGAUCUCUCAAAACGGGCAAAGGACAUUGAAAUUCAAUUUCAGAUGGAGGCCAAAACUAAAGUUAUCCUCGAUGGGAUGCAGGAAUGUGUCACGAGGAUAACAGAGACCAGCUUUCCCACUGAAGUUGCUCAAAAUUUUUCGAGGGAACUGGAAGCCUGGAGAACGAAAGUGACACAUGCCUUUUCUUCGCUUCGUGAGGAACACAACGAGUCAGUCUUAAUUUCAUAUUUCAAUCCUCCAUUCCAGAUUUUGAAUACCCUGCGAGAACUAUCUGAAUAUGAGGACAAUCUCCAAGCUUUUGAGAGUCGACUGUCCAUCAUUGAAGAAAAAAUGAAACAACCUAACCCUAAUGCAAUAACAAUUGCCGAGAAUCUUCGGCUUCUAGAGAAUCAGUUCCUUUGUCUGACCAACAUUUUUAACGAACUCACUUCUGCCGACGCGAUACGCAGCCUAAACAUUCUCAAUACGAAAGGUGGACCUCCCCAUGGGUCCCUAGGUGACAGACAGCGGAACCUCAGGGCUCGUUAUGAUGCGGCCAUCAAAUUCGUUUCUCAUGAGCGUGAUCAACGUUCCAAGGGAAUUGCAAUGUGGAAAGAUAUAUCCUCCGGUGUUAGCGCAUGUAAUAAAUCUUUGGGUGAAUUGGAAGAGAAAUUAGAAAGAUUAAACGAUGAUUUAAAAACGAAUGGUGAUCAGGAUGUUUUUGUGCUCAAGGACGCGGUGCAGAAGUCUAUCAGAAUGUCGAUGGACGGCCAACGAAUACUCCAAGAGGCGAGUGAUGCCUUUGCAGUGGUCAACAAACGAAUUCUACAGCUACAACAGCAAUUUCCACAAGAUGAGACCUUGUUGGAGUUAAAUGAAUUACUUGAAAGGAAAUCAAAAGCACUUGCAACGAAAGAGGAUCUAGAAACACGUGUACGAAGAAAGCAUUUUCUAUGGGUCAAACUGCAAGAAACGUACAAGGUCUUUGACCAUAGCCUUGAACAAAUAACGACAGACAUGAAAAAUUGCUACCCAGAAUAUCCCACCAGUUUCCGCUCUCGCCAAAUAAAGCAGCUUUCAGAAGCCGUUGAAUCCAUGCGUCAAAAGGAGAACAAGUGCAUUAAGUCUAUGGAGAAUUCAAAGGAAGCCAUCACGGCGAUUUUGGAUCCAAAAGUGGUCGAAUUACGCCUAUUGUGUACUGAUUUGGGCGAAAGCGUGCUUAAACUGCUCGAGUCGGAAUUCGGUAGAGUAGCGAAGCUAAAGGCAACUUUUGACGAGGCAUUUUCAAAUCAAACUUCAAUUAUUCGAGGAUCUGAAACGUUAGCCUUAAAUUUCAAGAAAGCCAUAGACAUUCUAGAACAAACGAAUUCAAAGAUCGGCGAGCUGGUAAAGUGCAAGGCGACUGGAAGUCCUGAGUCGAAAUUGGAAGAAGCUCUCUCCACUCAAGAUUGGUUCAAUCAGAACAGGCUUUGCAUGUGUACUGAAGUUGCUUCUUCUGCGCAAUUCCUCCAGAAUGCUUACCAUCCACCCCGUCAGCCUCCAUCUCUCCUACCCAAGCUCCCUGACGCCCUCCAAGCAUGCUUUAGUGAGGCAGCUGAACGAGUUGAACGAGCUUGUGCGGGUAUACGGGCCAAGGUUACAGAGAUUCACGACCUGCGUGACCGUCUGCACCAAGAAAUGUCAGACAUGAAUGCAGAAAUAGGCAAAAUAUCGGAGCUUUUGGAGCAUGCCGAAGAAUGUGACAUCCCCACAGAACUUAGCGACUUUCAAUCGGAAGUCAGCGAGUGCGAAGUACGUUAUAAUUCAGCUGCAAGUCGUCUUAAGAGAACGUGUACUCAAGCUAAAAAAUUUGAAUCAGGGGAGGAAAUAUCUGAUCUUCUGCAGGAUGCCUCUCGACUCCUUAAUGAAGGACAAAGCGAGCUGGAUAACCUGAAGACCACAGUUAAACAAAUGACAACUCAAUUCGAUGCGUGCACAAAGAGCAUUUCAGUCGCCCGUGAGGCAGUCGCCCAUAAUAUUACUGCCAUUCAACAAAAUGUACACUACCGGCUGCCUGUCCUCACCGUGUCUGAGCUAGAGGAACGGCUCAGUCUAGUGAAAGAACUCAUCAACGAUGCAAUGGCUGCGGAAGGUUCUCUCAGUGCAACGUCAGCAACAAAUGAAAGCAGUUUACUACCUGCUUUAGCCUCAAGAGUUCAGGAAGCAUUUCAGAAAUCAAGUAACGUUUGCCAUUCAGCCAUCGAUGAUGCUCUUAGUCAAUUAAAAUGCAUGCUGACUACCUAUUUUGAGUGUUUGGAUAAAGCACGCACAUCUCUAGAGGGAUGUAUUCGGACUGCCAACAAAUGGAUGGCUGAAUCUAAGGCACAAAUUGAAACGUUCUCUAAAGUUUCUAAGGAACUCAAAAGCCUAGACCAAUCAGCUCCAUUGGAGUUUGACAAGACAGGUACCACAGCCCUAACCUCUCGCAUGGAAAAUUUACAAAAGGCAAAAGACAUGGAGUUCACUUGGUUUACACUUCAAGUCCAUCAAACCGAAAGACUUGAACGUGAAGCCAGUGCCACCAUCACGAGUGGUUUUAGCCUUUUGUGUAUUGAUGAACUUAGCGGGCUAAUGGAAGACAUUCGAAAAUACGUCGCCCAACUUAGAGGUGACUUGACCAAGGCCACUCAUUUCUGGGAAGCACAGGUUUCUGAAGAACGUGAACUCAGACAACUUUUGUUGAUGGCUCAAGCCAUGUGUGAUAGAUUUGCCAAAGAACUGACUGAUAUAGAUGCACACUAUCAGUGUUGUUCAGCUCAAGAAGCACAGGAAUUUCUUUCGCGUUUGCACUCACUAAAAGACCAAGUUAGCAUUGGCGACGAGUUAGUAUCUAAAUUUCGCUCAACAUCAAGCCUUGCCUCUUCGAAUGUUUCCAUCUCCCACUUUCUCUCUACGUGGGACACUCUGAGCAAACAAAAGUUGGGUUUGCUCCUUAAACGUGUUGAAAAAGUGAUUGAAGAAGAAACGAGCAAAGAGAAGGAGGUUGUGUUUCUUCAGACCUGGCUAACUGACUUUCAUCGUUCAAUUCAGCAAGUAAGCCUCGACGCUGAGAGAUCCCACGAUGCUGCUGAGCUGAACGACCGACUACAUGAGUUAAAAAUGCAACUGAGUCGGUGGGAACACGAACACUUCAUCCCAUAUUCACUGAGGCCGGGGGUGGAAGACAAAGUUGAGCUCCUUGAAAACCAAAGGAAAGCUAGUAAAGUUCAACUUGACAAACUCCUCAAGCUUGUUCAAGAGAAAGCAACUGCCCAAAAGCACACCGAAGAACGGUUGAAAGACUUGGCGAGAGAGGUAGAUAUUCUCUGCUCGGAAGUUGAAAACCUGUAUUCUGAAUCCUCACAAAGUCAGGAGAACUCUCAAAUUAGAGAGAUUUGUGCCAAUCUCAAAAAGACUCGUGAGUCACUAAAGAGCCAAUUUGUUCCGCGAAUUGAAAAUGCCUCCCUAAAAUUGUAUGCUCUGGAUUGCGACGCCGCUGUCUACGCGAGCCUCAAGGGCACCUUAAAUUCUUGUCGACAAAAACUGGAAGGAGUAAGGAGAGUUGUUGAGGAUUUGGAUGGUGAGCUUUCUACCCACCUCAAUGCUUGGGAGGAUGUUUCAUCCAUCUUCAGACAAAUCGACCAGUGGAUUAGGGAGAGUGAACAUCUCCACCCGCGAGACAAGCAAGACCUCAGUGAACUGAUAGUUCUCAGUAAUGAGCCUUUCAGCAGUACAGAAACUCGGCGAAAUAUGCAAAGACUCGACAGAAUUGUUGAGUGCAGACACCGAGAAUACGCCGAUGCUAAAAAGUGGAUGGAAUCAUCAGAAUUUGGAAGGGACCUACUGAAACAAUUAAGUAAUAAGGGCGAUACAAUCACAAGGAAUAAAGGGACACUCGAUGACCUUGUUAAAUGUUACGCAAACAAGGUGCAGGAGAGAACCAACGAGCUCCUGGCAGAAUUUCGGUCCGCCGAGUUGUCUCUUAACAAAGCUAAACAACUCCAGACCUGUGUGGGUAAAUUGGAUGCAAUAGUCAUCCAGUGUGAGCAAUGCUCUACGGACGAAUUGCUGAAUAAACUAGUUGGGUCGGCGUUGGAGAUUGUUGAAGCUGAAAUGAAGCCGCUGAUACAAGAUGAUUUUGAACUGCAAGGGCAGAUAUCACGAGCUGAAAGAAUUAUCCAAACACUUCGAAAUUGGUGUCGAGAAAAGGAAGCCCACCACCGACUUGUGGCCGCCGAAAAAGAGUCCUUGAAGGUCUUGUUAGUGAAUAUGCGCGAAUGGUUUAACCAGUGGUCCGAACGUUUCGAAGAAGCAAAGAGAACUUCGGACAUAGAGUUGGCUUUCGUACUCACGUCUACAGGUUCACCCAGCAAGUUUCACUCAUUUGAACAUGUAAUGGCUCUCCUCAGCCAAAUACAAACAAAACGGAAGGAAAUGGAUGAAAUUUUAAAUAAAUCAAGAGCCAUUGAAGAUAACGGUGAAUUCAUAGCCUUGGGUAACGACAUCAGGGCCAAAGAGCAAACUGCAAAUCAUUCGACUUCGGGGCUGUCGGAGCGCUACGUUCGCGUAGAAAUGCUGCGCAAAAACCUUCAUGAAGUACAAGAGUGGAUAAAAGCGGCUAAAGGUCGAAUAAAUUACACAAAAGUAAGUGCAAGAAGACACAAUUUGAGCAGUUUAUGGUUCAGUUUUCAUGAAAGGUGGGGCGUCCGAGGUGGGACUCGAACCCACAAUCUUCGGCUCCGGAAACCGACGCCUUAUCCAUUAGGCCACCCGGACGACGCUUUCCGGGUUGGUCAAUCAGGCCUAAUUUCAACGGCCAAUCAGUAUAAUCACCUGGCAUCAGAAGACCUCGACACAGUUGCAUCAGACCUGAGGAAGAAAUUAAGGCAAAGCUUGAAUAUGCUUCAGGCAUCGAUCAAAAUUUCAGACGUGGAAGGUUCACUCCUUCAUACGGCUCACGACGAAGUGGACAAAGCGGACCACGAAGUCGGUCAGAUGUUAAGUGAAAUUUCACAAGCCAAAGUGACUCUUGCGAAUCACUCAGUCUUGGCAAAUGGACUCGCUAAGUUGGUCGAACAGUCGGCAGAUUCAUUGGCAGCCAGUUCGUUGAGGCUGCGUGAUCUUCUUCUCAGGUGCCUUGAGGGUGGUGCCAGCAAAAAGGAUUCGACAAUCCUUGCAGUUAACCUGUCUGCAAAUAAUUUGACACCCACUCUAAACCGUCUAGCCUCGGAGCUAAUGAAUUUGGACCAAAUUAGUUGGCUUGACAGCACGGAUAUGCUUGUCCAGGAGCUAAAGGACCUAGAAACGGACCUCAGUAAUAGUGCUUUAAUGCAGCAGGCCGUGGCAGAAGAAACAGAGAAACUGACGAUUGCAGUUUCCCGAGCAGUAAGAGAAAUUGAAAUGGGCUAUCAACAAGUGCCCGGAAUCCAAAUGCAACAUCACACGAGAUUCAAACAAUCUUCACCGUACCCAUGGCACGACAGCAUCAUGGGAGCAAUAAAAAUUCUACAGGAGCUCAAGAAAUCGGUACCUAUGAAAAUAGCGGAAUUUGAGAGGCUGCUUGUGCAGCGGAGACAGUUGCUUAGGCGACAAGCAGAUCUUACUGACUGGUUGGCGAUCGCCGAAAAGGAAGUUGACGCAAGCAUACACCAACUAUCGAACCUACAAUCGCAUGAAAGCAUCAACCAGGGGAGUUUAGAAGCUGACGCAGAAUGGAUGCAUCACAUUCGUCGCAUGCAAUGUCUCGAAUCAGAACUGGUGGAGAAGAAGAAGGAGGUGAAGGAGCUGGAGAGUAUGUAUAUUCAGGUGCCUUCGUUGAGUGAGGGCUGGUGCCAGGCGCUGUCAGACGCCACGAAUCGAUUGAGCAUGCUUGAAUUGCACAUCAAGGAGCAUGUUGGGUUCCUGAACGACAUCCAGCAGCUGCUGGAGAGCUUCAAUCAGACGAAUAGAGGUCUUGAGGAGUGGAUUUCGCGCGCCAGAACAGUGGCUAAGGAGGCGCACCACAGCGGAGACCGGCCGAGUUUGGCCGAGGGAGCUGGCAUGCUGGAGCAGUCGAGGCGCCUCGUCCACCGACUGGUAGCCAUGGUGUUGAGCAGGCACCAAAAUCGAGUGCAGUCGGCACUGGCAGGGAGUGCAGAGGAGAUGCAUCAGGCACUAGGUGGCUGCACCAGUCCCAUCGCAGCAAUAGCCCGAGGUGCAAUAAGGAGGUUUGAGGAUGCACGGAAUGCAUACGAGAGGCUAUGCCAGUCGACAGACAUGUGGGGAUUGGGAAAAGAGGUGGAAGUCACCGCACGCCCACUGGGCCGCCCGACGCCCACCAUUCACAGGCGCUAUCCUGCUACUGCACCACGUGGGGGCUUUUGGCUGCUGAGUUUCCUCCCUGGCCCGGUUCGCCCCUCCUUAGACGACCUGGAGGCCACAAGUCUUCCGACAUGA